CGCCUGGGCCGGGCUGCGGAGCGGACGGACGCGCCUGGUGCCCCGGGAAGGGGCGCCACCGGGCAGGAGGAGGACAGAGGAAGAGACGGCUUCUCUGCCCCGGCCAUCUCGAGGCUCUGACCCCAGGACCAGGGGACUGACAAGUGCCUCGCCUCGGCUGCCCGAAGAGGCGGCGACCCUGGAGGGCCCCGAGCUCAGCGCACCAGGGGCCCCAGCACCACCCCGGUGGCCACAGCGACAGCCCCAGGGACCACGACCAGUUUUCUAGUUGCCUAGACAACGAGCCUGGGGUCAGAGCAGCCUCCACCAGCCUCGCCAGCUGCCUCAGGCCCCCCCCGCCAGCCCAGUGCGUCCAGCCCAGGUGACAUGCCGGUGCUCUCCACCCCCCGGGCCUCUCGCGUGACCACACUGAAGCGCACAGCAGUGGUCCUGGCCCUCACAGCCUAUGGAGCCCACAAAAUCUACCCCCUGGUACGACAGUGCCUGGCUCCAGCGAGGGGCCCUCGGGUGGCCGGGACCGCGGGGGUGUCCACACAGGAGGCCUCCGAGCCCUCUGCUGCUGCCACCACUGCCAAGGCGGGUGUGAACCGGGUGUUCUUGCAGCGACUCUUGUGGCUCCUGCGGCUGCUCUUCCCCAGGAUCCUGUGCCGGGAGACGGGGCUGCUGGCGCUGCACUCAGCAGCACUGGUGAGCCGGACUUUCUUGUCGGUGUAUGUGGCCCGCCUGGACGGCCGGCUGGCACGCUGCAUUGUGCGCAAGGACCCAGGGGCCUUCAGCUGGCAGCUCCUGCAGUGGCUCCUCAUCGCACUCCCUGCCACCUUCAUCAACAGUGCCAUCCGCUACUUGGAGGGCCAGCUGGCCCUGUCCUUCCGCAGCCGUCUAGUGGCCCACGCCUACGGCCUCUACUUCUCCCAGCAGACCUACUACCGAGUCAGCAACAUGGACGGGCGCCUUCGCAACCCUGACCAGUCCCUGACCGAGGACAUGGUGACCUUUGCCGCGUCCGUGGCCCACCUCUACUCCAACCUGACCAAGCCGCUCCUGGACGUGGCCGUGACUGCGUACACCUUGGUUCGGGCGGCCCGCUCCCGCGGGGCCGGCACAGCUUGGCCCUCGGCCAUCGCUGGCCUCGUGGUGUUCCUCACAGCCAACGUGCUGCGAGCCUUCUCGCCCAAGUUUGGGGAGCUGGUGGCAGAGGAGGCGCGGAGGAAGGGGGAGCUGCGCUACAUGCACUCUCGCGUGGUGGCCAACUCGGAGGAGAUCGCCUUCUAUGGGGGCCAUGAGGUGGAGCUGGCCCUGCUGCGGCGCUGCUACCGCGACCUGGCUUCCCAGAUGAACGUCAUCCUGCUGCAGCGCCUGUGGUACGUGAUGCUGGAGCAGUUCCUCAUGAAGUAUGUGUGGAGCGCUGCGGGCCUGCUCAUGGUGGCCGUGCCCAUCAUCACGGCCGCUGGCUACUCAGACGCAGACUCGGAGAGGAGGGGAGAGGAGCUGGUGAGCGAGCGCACAGAAGCCUUCACCAUCGCCCGCAACCUCCUCACUGCCGCUGCGGACGCCAUCGAGCGGGUCAUGUCGUCCUACAAGGAGGUGACGGAGCUGGCUGGCUACACGGCCCGGGUGCACGAGAUGUUCCAGGUGUUCGAGGACGUCCGCCACUGCCGCUUCAAGAGGCCGGGGGAGCCGGAGGAUGCGCAGGCGCGGGCCAGGGCCUUGGUGCGGCCAGGGGUCCGCGUGGAGGGACCUCUGCAGAUCCGAGGCCAGGUGGUGGAUGUGGAGCAGGGGAUUGUCUGUGAGAACAUCCCCAUCAUCACGCCCGCCGGAGAGGUGGUGGUGGCCAGCCUCAACAUCAAGGUGGAGGAGGGCACGCACCUGCUCAUCACCGGCCCCAACGGCUGCGGCAAGAGCUCCCUCUUCCGGAUCCUGGGGGGGCUCUGGCCCACCUACGGUGGGGUGCUCUACAAGCCACCACCCCAGCGGAUGUUUUACAUCCCUCAGAGGCCCUACAUGUCCGUGGGCUCCCUGCGCGACCAGGUCAUCUACCCGGACUCGGUGCAGGACAUGCGGCGCAAGGGCUACUCCGAGCAGCACCUGGAGGCCAUUCUGGACACGGUGCACCUGCUGCACAUCCUGCAGCGGGAGGGAGGCUGGGAGGCUGUGUGCGACUGGAAAGAUGUCUUGUCGGGGGGUGAGAAGCAGAGAAUCGGAAUGGCCCGCAUGUUCUACCACAGGCCCAAGUACGCCCUCCUGGACGAGUGCACCAGUGCAGUCAGCAUCGACGUGGAGGGCAAGAUCUUCCAGGCUGCCAAGGAUGCAGGCAUCGCCCUGCUCUCCAUCACCCACCGGCCCUCGCUGUGGAAGUACCACACACACUUGCUGCAGUUCGACGGGGAGGGCGGCUGGAAGUUUGAGAAGCUGGACUCGGCAGCCCGCUUGAGCCUGACUGAGGAGAAGCAGCGUCUUGAGCAGCAGCUGGCCGGCAUUCCCAAGAUGCAGCAGCGCCUGCAGGAGCUUUGCCACAUCCUGGGCCGAGGCCCUGCCGCCCUCCAGGACGCCACCACUUGACCGAGCCUUGCCUGCGCCCCGCCCCAGCCCUCAGAUCACAUGAAGGAAACCACCCCACCCUGCAGCCCUGCUCCAGGCCCACCCCGCAUGCCCGUCGUGCCUUCUAGGCCUUCCUGCCCCAGGCCGAGCUGCCAGGACAACCCCAUGGCAGCCGCGCACUGCCCGUGCUCAGCCUUGGGCUAGCACACGUGGGAGGCCCGCCCGAGGGCCAGCCCUUCUCACCCCGCCCCUGCCGCCCCCACCCCCACCCCCACCCCCGGCAGAGCUGUGACCUGGGCAGGGUAACUGAGUCCUUUAUUUUCUUGGUGGUAGGUGGGAGAGGGGCUCAGGUGGCCCCAAUCCUGACCCCACACCAGAGCCAUUGAGCGGCGGGGGUCGAGCCCCCACACCGCCAGCCAGUCUGUGCCGAGCCUCGCAUCUGUGGGGCUCCUCCUGUGACCAAGUCCCCGGUCCUGCCUCUUCAGACCCUCGGAGACCCCGCCCCUCCCUCCAGGGCCACACGGCAGGCAUAGAAGCAGCCACUUGGCCAGGGUGCAGUCCCACCCUCUCCUGCAGGCAUCCCGAGAGCCCUCGGAGAAAGCUGCGCUAGGCUUACCAGGAGCCAGGAAAGGAGGAGCCCUGCCGCAGGCUAAUUGAUGGCAUUCCUGUGUGUGACGGUCGCCCUCGCCAGCCAGGGAGCCGUCCCCGCCCCGUCCUCCCGUGGGUGGCCCAGCCUGUCACCCUACCAGCCUACACUGCCAGCUGCCACCAGCGCCCGGCCGGCCGAAGGGAGAUGGGUGCUGGCACUGCCAGCUCAGUGCCAAAGAGGGGUCAGCCAGGGAGGCGCCUCUGCCCAGCCAGCCCCUGCCCGGGAGGGAGACCCCGCUGCCGCCGUGUGCCUUUCUGGGCCCUCCGCCCUCGGCUGGGAGCCACCCUCAGUCCUCUCAGUAAAGAUGUCGCAGA